AGGAAAGGUUUACGUGAAAUAGAACUUAUUUGCACAUUUGUUGUUUUUUUGUGUAGAGCGAGGUUGAAUGUAAAGAAGGGAAUGAUUUGAAGUUAGUGGGGAGUAAUAGAAAAGGUGAUUUGGUGAGAAGAAGUGAGAAUGGUGUGACUGAUCAAGUGAAGGAUUUGCACACAUGGUCUAGUCGGCAUUCAUCUGUUGAGGUCUCAGAUUGUUUUGCUGCCACUCUGUCUGGUUUGCAAACUCAAACCUGUGAUGACGAAGCAUCAACAGCAAGUUCUGGAUUUGGUUCUGAUGAGAAAACUAUAAAGGCAGUUUUUGAACAGAUGAAGUCAGUACAAGGAGAUCUGCCGGAAGCCAGUGAUAUAUAUGAAACAGUUCGUUCUGAAGUGAGGCGUGCUAUUUCUGAGAUUCAGAUUGAACUUGAAAGUGCUAUCCAAAAGAGAAAUGUUACUGCCAUCUCUGUUAGUAAUGUGGCUGAUAUUCCUCCUGACUUGGUAAACCCUGGUGCAAUAGAAUUGGUUUUGGAGAUUAGAAAAGAGUAUGCCAAAAAGCAUGAAGAGUCCCAGCAGCGAGCUAGAAAUCUUCGAGCAGAACUGGCCAUUGAAGAGCACCGUGAGCGGGAACUGGAUAGAAUCUUGAGAGAAGUUCUUCCAUCUCCCAAGACCCCUAUUGUACAAAAAUCUCGUACAGCAAGAAAAUCGUCUAGCUUUGAAAGAAGGAGGAUGUCAAAACGUCUUGCAGAAGAUGCCAAAGCUUAUUUUGAUGAGUGUGUCUCGCUAUCAACUUUUGAUAGUUCUGACUUUUCAUCCCAAGAGGAUCCCUCACUCAAUUUGGUUGGUCCACCUACUCCAUCUGGCAGCCAUGUAUGUUUAACCGAGGAAUCAGGCACUCGAGGACAAUCGAUGAAUAUCCAUUAUGGUAUUUCACAAUCUCCUGCCAACAAUGAUUCUGUGGGAGCUUUUCAUGGUCAAGUCAGUUCAACCUCUGACAUCACAGAAACUGGUUCCAAACCCUGCUUUUCCUUUGCACAGAAACCAUCCGAAACCUCUGCAAUUCAACAAGACAUUCAACAAUACAUAAAAAAGUUCGAAAAAAAUGUGUUGAAGUCUUCAACAGUGAGAUCAAAUUAUUGCGAACCUCUUGAGUAUAGUUUUCAGUCAUCAACUGAGAGCUUGUUGAUUGAUAGGGUUCUUUUAAAAAGUAGAAUUGAUUCUGGUAAUUUGUUACUAUGUGGUGGUGGUAAUAAAUUGUUGUCAAAAUUUUACGGGAGAGGGAUUUGACUUGGAGGGCAUAGUUCAAGCUAACUCUUUUAUAUGCCUUUUAAUUUUGAUCUUAUCAUUUACACAUGUAUAAAAUCUAAAGGUACAAGUGUUUAUCUUU